CCGUCCUUCAUAACAGUCCGACUGGAAACAAAAGCUCGAUCAACGAUAUGUACCCCAUUGGCUGCAUGUAGCGUUUUACUAAAUAAUAAAGACAUUUAUAGUAAAGCCAAAGCAUUUAUUUAGUUGCUCAGAAAUGGAUGGUGUACCUUGUCUUCGCGUGUCUUGUUGUCAGGCACAGCAGUUCAGGAUGCAUCUCCAGUCCAGGGGAGUGCUCGACCAGAAUUUUAGCUUGGUUAAACAACCAGACGGGACAGUCCUCCUUCCCAUUUCACCAUCCUGCCUCUCACAGCUGGAUCUGCAGUCUCUCAGAAACACUUUGACUCCAAUUGUUUGUGACUUCACCUGGAGUAAGUCUCCACAGUCAAAAAAGGAGAAGGGGAGGAAAGCUGGAAAUAAACUGGAGAGAACCAUCCAGGAGUUGUUGCAGUACAGGGGUGAAAGAUGGAUGGAGGAGAUGAGGAGCGAUCUUCCUCGGAGCUUCCAGAGGCAUGGAGACCUCGUCCUGCUGGGCGAUAGCUGCUUUACUCUGCCGAUAUGGGAUAAAAUGGGCGAUCAGUUAUGGAGUGCAGUGACCAAAGAGCUGAGGGCAAAGCGGCUUGCAAAGAUGAGUCGAAUAUCCAGGGAUAGAUUCAGGUCUCCUGUGGUAACGAUGCUGCUGGGCGACAACAGCUGGGUCAAGCAUGUGGACAACGGCAUCAGUUAUGAGUUUGAUGUUACCAGAUGCAUGUUCUCAGCCGGGAACAUCACAGAGAAGCUCCGUGUGGCCGGAUUCGACUGCAGUGGAGAGACUGUGGUCGACUUAUAUGCAGGUAUCGGAUACUUCACUCUGCCAUAUUUGGUUCAUGCGAAGGCCAGCCAUGUUCACGCCUGUGAGUGGAACCCUGACGCCGUUGCUGCUUUACAGAAAAACCUGGAAGUAAACGGAGUGUCAGAGCGCUGCACCAUCCAUCAAGGAGACAACCGUCAAGUUCAGCUGUGUAAUAUCGCCGACCGGGUGAACCUGGGUCUCAUCCCGAGCUCUGAGGAGGGCUGGCCCGUUGCGUGUCGGCUGCUGAAGAAGACGACCGGCGGCAUUUUGCACAUUCAUCAGAACGUGACCUCUCCUUUACCGAAUGCUGCUGCUGCUGGCGACGCCGCUCCUCAAAAUGUUUCUGCAAAGAACGCUGACAGAGAGGUGUGGCGGGCCUGGGCCGGUGACACCGCAAACCGAAUAACUUCUCUGUUCAUGGACCUCACUGGUGCAUCAUGGGAAAUAAAUAUCCAGCAUAUACAGCAUGUGAAGUCUUAUGCGCCUCAUGUGCACCAUGUUGUGCUGGACUUGGACUGCAGACCGUCCUGAAUUAACACAGAAAAACUGCUGCUUUUAUUCCCAGGAGUAAAUAAAAGAAGGCUACAGAGUCGAGAACACUUUUA